GGCUGGGUAUCGCGAGAUUACUCUUGCUGUCUAGUACAGCACUAAAAACUGUCAGUGAGGUUAGAGGGGGGUAAGAAUUUCUCAAAUCGGCGACACAGCCGUUCAAACAGCGGCGUGAAUGUCCAAACCUGUGCUUUUGUGUAAUUACAAACGUAACGUGUGGCACUGAGGGGAAAAACGGCAGCGUCCUCAUCCAAACCGCACAGGCCAACGGUCUCUGAACUAACGUUAGAUCAAACAGUGCGGUGUAACAGCGGGCAAAUGGCGUUGAAAAGAAUCCAAAAGGAACUGACAGACCUACAGAGAGAUCCACCAGCCCAGUGUUCAGCAGGUCCGGUCGGAGAGGACUUGUUUCACUGGCAGGCAACAAUAAUGGGGCCGAACGACAGUCCAUACCAAGGAGGGGUUUUCUUCCUUACAAUUCAUUUCCCAACAGACUACCCCUUUAAACCACCAAAGGUCGCAUUCACCACAAAAAUCUACCACCCCAAUAUUAACAGUAACGGCAGUAUUUGUCUGGACAUCCUGCGAUCUCAGUGGUCACCUGCACUUACUGUAUCCAAAGUCUUGUUGUCCAUCUGCUCCCUGUUGUGUGACCCGAACCCAGAUGACCCGCUGGUACCUGAGAUCGCACAUACAUAUAAAGCAGACAGAGAAAAGUACAACAGACUAGCGAGAGAAUGGACGCAAAAGUACGCCAUGUGAGAGUGCCUGCGACUAAAACACUACAGAAUCAAACGGACAGAGAAUCGUGUUUUUACUUUGAACAAGAGGAGUCAAAAGAAGUGAAUGUUGAGGGGAGGGGACAUCUAAACACCGGACCCUUGGAAGAGAAGCAGAAGGCGGAGGUGAGGAGGUGAGAGCCGCUGGUACAUGUGCCGUUCUCCCAGAUCCGCCGCCACAACGGCUUAGCCUGGAAAACUCCAGGAAAACUGUAAAACCGGACAAACCUCGGGGGAACCACAACCCAGGAAGUUAGACUUGUACUACUGUUAGUUCUGUUAUUACUGUCUUAGUGAUAUUCUCAGUGUUGCGUUCUCACUCUCGUCAUCACUGAAUGAGGAAACGUCGGGCUGAAGUUGGAAUUGCGGCGAGACCGGAUUGAUCAUGUCUGAGCCGUCGCACCAUCCCAUCGGAGUCCCUGCGGAAACCAUAGUUGUGUGUGCACUCGUACACUUAACAUUUUUAACAGUUUGUGGUAGAAUGUAAAAAAUCGGAUGUCAGAAAGACCUUACUGUAGUUUCCAACUUCCUGCCGUUUCAGUGUUAUCCCAUAAAACACUAUGAAUGUGAUUAAGAA